UCCAAGGAAAAAGCAAAAUUUCGAGAGGCUGCAAACAAUGGGUGACGACCGAGCUUUUGUCGGCCGUGAACCGGAACCCGAACCCCUGUUGGUUGCCAACGCGCCGCCACUUGCCGCCUCCUACAACGACUGGAUCCGCCCCCUGCUCGACGCAGUCGACAAGCUCCGAAACCUCAAUGUCAUGAAGGAAGGCAUCCCACUCCCCACCAUCGUCGUCGUGGGCGACCAGUCCUCCGGCAAGUCGAGCGUCCUCGAGUCCCUCGCCGGCAUCAGCCUGCCGCGCGGGCAGGGCAUGUGUACGCGUGUACCCCUUGUCAUGCGCCUCCAAGGCCGGCGUCCUGCCGACAGUCCUGAGCUCCACCUUGAGUUCAAUGGCAAGAUCGUGAACGUUGACGAUGAGGACCAUGUCUCCGACGCCAUUGUAUCUGCGACUGACGAGAUUGCUGGCUCCGGCAAGGGCAUAUCGAAUUCCCCACUGACUCUAGUUGUCAAGAAAGAUGGCGUCCCGGAUUUGACCAUGGUCGACUUGCCUGGAAUCACGAGAGUGCCUGUGCACGGCCAGCCCGAGAACAUCUACGAGCAGAUCUCGGCGAUGAUCAUGGAGUACAUAAGGCCUGAGGAGAGCAUCAUCCUCAAUGUCGUGUCCGCGACCGUCGACUUCUCCACUUGCGAGUCCAUAAGGAUGUCCCAAAUGGUGGACAAGACUGGCAAGAGGACUCUGGCCGUUGUCACAAAGGCUGAUAAAGCUCCUGAGGGCUUGCAGGAGAAGGUGACGGCGGAUGAUGUCAAUAUAGGGCUUGGUUAUGUGUGUGUGAGGAACAGAAUUGGUGACGAGUCCUACGAAGAAGCGAGGCUCGAAGAGGCGAAGCUGUUCGAGAUGCACCCUCAGCUGUGCAAAAUUGACAAGUCCAUCGUUGCUGUGCCUGUCUUGGCACAAAAGCUGAUGAAGAUUCAAGCCACCAUUAUAGCCAAGUGUUUGCCCGAUAUCGUCAAGAGGAUCGAUGACAAGCUGAACGCCAACCUCGCCGAGCUCAAUAGUAUGCCCCAGAAUUUGUCCUCGGUCGAGGAGGCUGUGACAGCCUUCAUGCAGAUCAUGGGGUCAGCGAAGGAGUCGCUGAGGAAAGUCCUGCUGAGAGGCGAGUUCGAUGAGUACCCGGAUGACAAGGACAUGCACUGCACGACCAGGCUGGUGGAGAUGCUCAACCACUACGCCAAAAACCUUCAAUGCUCCACCGAGAAUGACCUAGGGACUAACUUCUUGUUGGAAGAACUGGAGGUCUUGGAAGAGGCCAAGGGGAUCGGGCUCCCGGACUUCCUCCCUCGCACCGCCUUUCUCACCCUUUUGCAGCGGAAGGUGAAGGGAAUAUUGAGCAAGCAACCGAGUUUCGGGGUUCGUGUUUGGGACUACAUCAACGGAGUUGUGAUUCGGGUCUUGAUGCAACACUCGGAGAAUUAUCCUCAACUGCAGUCGUCCACGAGAAGAGCAGCCUCCAAUCUGAUUAACAAAAUGAAGGGGAAGACGAUGAAUAAGAUGAUGAAGAUUCUUGAGAUGGAGAACCUCACUGACUACACUUGCAACCCUGAGUACCUGUUGCAGCGGAACAAGUUGAUGACCCAGCAGGGCAAUUUCAUGGAUCUGGUCAACCACUAUCAGAGUUAUGAUAGCGAGAUUGUCCUCGAGGGAAUUGGGAAGGUCUACCUGGGCAAUCUGAGGGAACGCAAGAAGCAGCUGGUUCAGGAGGCGUUCGAUCUGAAGAUGAGGAUGACAGCGUACUGGAAGAUUGUAGUGAGGAGGUUUGUCGACUGGAUGGCGCUGCAUCUGCGGUUCAGCGUGCACAACUUGGUGAACAAGGAGAUGGAGAAGGAGAUUGGGAGCGAGCUGAUGGGGCCCCAUGGCAGCGGCCGCAUCAAUAGGAUGAUGAAGGUAACGCCGGAGAUGGCGGCAAAGCGCGAGAAGCUGAACCGGAGCAUCAAGCUGUUGAGGGAGUCUGCGGAGGUGGUGGCCAAGAGCAUGGACCGGAUUGUUACUAAUGGUGACUACAAUAAUUGAUUAGUGUUGUUGUUCUAGUGGGUUAUUUUUAGGUU